AUGAUGCCUGUUCAGCGACUGCAAGGCUGCCGCUCCCUCCACUUAAAUGAAGACAACGGCCGCUUCUUGCUACUAGCCAUCCUGAUCGUUCUGUAUCUGCUGUGCGGUGCCGUGGUGUUUUCUGCUAUAGAGCGUCCUUCGGAGGUGCAGGCGCACGGCAAAUGGAACAUAACACUUUUCAACUUCAGCGACACGUUCAAUAUCAGUUUGGAGGAUCUGAACUCUUUCCUGCGGGAGUAUGAGACUGCUAUUGCCGCGGGCAUCCGAGCUGAUGCUCUCAGGCCGCGAUGGGAUUUUACAGGUGCUUUUUAUUUUGUUGGGACUGUGGUGUCAACUAUUGGUUUCGGGAUGUCCACUCCAGUGACAGUAGCAGGGAAGGUGUUCCUGAUCUUCUACGGUCUCCUCGGCUGCGCAGCCACCAUCUUGUUCUUUAACCUCUUCCUGGAACGCAUUAUCACCCUCCUGGCUGUGGUCAUGAAGGCCGUGAGGGAACGGCGCAUUCGGAACUCCGGCCUCCUCCCGCCGGGUAUCCGCCAUGACUUCUCAGCGUGUUCUUUCCCGGGGUGGAAGCCGUCUGUCUACCACGUCAUGUUGAUCCUGGGGCUAUCCGCCAUCAUCAUCUCCUGCUGCGCCUCGGCCAUGUACACCCCCGUGGAGGGAUGGGCCUACCUGGACUCACUCUACUUCUGCUUCGUCACAUUCAGUACCAUCGGCUUUGGGGACCUGGUGUCGAGCCAGAGAGCAGACUAUGAGUACCAGCCACUGUACCGUCUAGCCAACUGCCUGUUCAUCCUUAUGGGCGUGUGUUGCAUCUACUCUCUGUUCAACGUCAUCUCCAUCGUCAUCAAACAGGUGCUCAACUGGAUGCUUCAGAACUUAUGCUGCCAGCGGUGUAAAAUCAAGUCCAACUCUUUCCCAUUGGGUCGCCGCAAUGCCAUCCGGCCUGGUUCGAGAAUCCGUAAAGGUCGCUUCAGAAUCAAACGCACGCCGGACUCGGGGGAUUCGGGACCCUGCGAAAGCGACAUGGAGGGAGGAGGACGCAGACUCUCGGGAGAGAUGAUUUCAAUGAAGGACCUGGCGGCCUCGAAUAAGGUCUCACUGGCACUCAUGCAGAAGCAGUUAUCAGAGUCCGCUAACGGUUAUCCCAGGACGGUGUGUGGCGGCUCCAGACAUAACGGGUUCUCUGGAGGAGUGGGCGCUCUGGGGAUCAUGAACAACAGGCUGGCAGAGACCAGCAACUCCAGGUAG